AUGAAACUAUUUCAAAUAUUUAUUUUCAUAAAUUUAUUCUACCUAACAUAUUCGCAAAUCACUGUCAACUAUCAUUUGGAUGAUUACCGUAUCGGAAUUUCGAAACAAAGUGAGUAAAUAGUAUAUAGAAAAUGAUAUUUUUAGAGAUUUUUUAUAGAUUGUGAAGAACAUCUUUCUCAAUAUAAUUUGAGUUUUUCGAAGGAUCGUGUUGAUGAAUAUAAGAAAAAUUUUAAAAUGUUGACUUUAUUCAGAUAUAAAAAGCAGACAUUUUUUUGUGGUAAGUUGUUUAAAUUUUGUCUAGGAAAUACUUUAAAAAUUGUUUGUUUUAAAGAAACUAAUUGUCCAUUUGGUAUGAUGGCUGGAUGUAAAUAUGAAUUACUAAAUGGGUCAAGCUUUGAAUGUGAAGAAUUCAAUUUGCCGAAAAGUAUGUCUAAAAAAUAUUUGCCACAAUGAUUAAUAUCAUUUUCAGAUUCGCUGUGUUCUCCGCCUCUUCCUUAUCUUCUCCAUACAAAUAUGAACAAAAACUUUGAGAACAGUACUCUUACAAAAACUCAUAUCGAAAAUCCGCCAUACACAAAUCUCAGCUCGAAUUUCUCUUUAAAAUGUAGAUUAACUAAAGAUUGUCCGCGUGAUCAUUAUUGUAGCGAAAUCUAUCAUCUCGGAAAUGAUCAAAAAUAUCAAGGCGAAGAAGGGAGAUUUUGUAUGGCUUAUCCAACAGAAAAUGCAAGGAUUUUUGGUGAUUUGAAAGUAUGUGAUAAAUCAGAAGAAUGUUAUCGUGAAAAAUCGACAUGUAAUAAGAAUAGUUUUGUGAUGAAUGAUGAGAGAAGGAAAGGAUUUUGCGAAUUGGGAGAGAGGUGUACAAUCGGAGUUUCAACAAGAAAAGCUGGGCAAAUAUGUCAUGAUGAAUCAGAUUGUCCAAAGGGUACUUGGUGUGAUAUUGAUGAAACAGUUUGUUGUAAAGGUAGGCAUCCGAUGAUUCUGAUUGAAUUCAGAUAACCUUCAUGGAAUAAUGUUUUCCGAUACUUUCAGGCUUUUCGGAAAGAAAUCCCUUGGGGCUUUUACUACUCAAAAAAUGCCCUAACUUUUGAGAUAACAAAAAACACUCUUGUCAAAGGAAUAAGUUUUUUAUUCUAAUUUUUCAGAAGACAAAAAUAUUCUUCGUGAAGCGCAUUAUUGUCCGGAUGGUGUUACUCCAUUUCAACAAGAACCAAAUUGCACUUUUGGUAACAUGGAUAACAAACAUAUUUGUGAUUUCAAUAUUUGGGGAGUAAAAAGAACAAAACCUGGAAUUUGUUGGGCUGGAAAAUGUUGUCCGAAUUGUAAGUUAUCUUGAUCUACUUAUUUCAGAAUUAAAUCAAUAAAUUGAACGGCUUUUCAGUGAAAAGAGUGGCACAAGAUCAAUUCGAAAUUGGCAAUUUUCCAUAUGAAUCUAACAUGAUGUGUGAUCCUCUUCAACCACUUCCAUUAAAAUAUGUUUAUAAAUGGUGUGAUUCUGAAACUCGAAAAAUCUAUACGAUUGGAUUGUUGGAUUAUGAAAAACAACGAAUUCAAUCAUCUCAAUGGAAUUGUCGAACAAGUUCGGAUUGCAAAGGAGAAAGAGAGACAUUUGCUUGA